CAUCGUUUCGCUUGUCCAUGAAGCGACACUUCGUUUUGGUUCUAAGAGUGUACGGCGAGCUUCCCACCCUCUUCUAGUACAAACUCAACAAGGCAAACAAAAUCAACCGGUUUCUCAUCAAAAGUUUCAAUCAACUUCUCCAAAUUCACAGGUUCGAUUGGAUUUGUAUUGGAUGUUUUUUUGGUCAAAAUGUCUUCAAUUAUCAAUGGGCAACCGAGUGAUCAACAAAAUGCCUCCCCGGAUAUCGAUGAGAGAGGUUCAAAGCCUCAAGAGGAGGUUGAAAAUGAGAAUGAAGAGGAAGACGAGGAGGAAGACUUAGAUUUCAACCCUUUUCUGAAGGGAACACCGUCGCCAGAAGCUUCUUCCAGUCUGAGCUCUGAAGUUGAAGGUUUAGAUGGUAAUUCCUUGAAACCAAGGAUGGGUGAAGUGCAAAACUAUGCUGUUGGAGAUUCUGAGCAUGGUGAGGAGGUUGUGAUGCAAACUGCAUUUUCUGCUCAGAGUGAAAAAGAACUUCAAGCUUCCCCUCACGCAAAAUCUAAGAAGAGGAAAUCUGAUUUCAGUUCUCAACCAGAAAAUGGAGGUGUUGGAGAGAAGGGAAGUACCUUCAGUACACAUGCAAUGAGUUUGGAUGAUGACGAUGCUAUAUGGAAGCGCACUAGGGCUCGUUAUUCCCUUGCGAGUUUUACUCUUGAUGAACUUGAGACUUUCCUUCAAGAAACCGAUGAUGAGGAUGACCUUCAGAAUGUUGAUGAUGAAGAAGAGUACAGGAAAUUUCUUGCAGCUGUUUUACAGGGUGGAGAUGGUGAUGGUCAGUCAACGCGAGGUAAUGAAAAUGCUGAUGACGAAGAUGAGGAUAAUGAUGCAGAUUUUGAGAUAGAACUCGAAGAGUUGCUUGAGAGUGAUGAUGAUGACAGUAAAAGGGAUAUGGAUCGGAAAGUAGAGCUUGAGAAACGUGGUCGACGGCCGGAGACAAGGCAGAAUAGACGCCAAAGGGCCUCUGCUGAAUACAAAAAGAAGCUAUUAGAACAGACAAAGAGGCCAUUGCGUCCUCUUUUACCAAUCUUGCCAAAUGGAGCAAUUGCUUCCUUUCCUAAUUCUAACGGGAAGACUUUGGUACCUGAGGGUGCCCCAAGCUAUCUGUGUUCUCCAGCAGAAGAAGGCUUGAUAAAUGGAUUCACUCCAAAGCAAAUAGGCCAGUUGCAUUGUUUGAUACAUGAGCAUAUGCAGCUCCUUAUUCAAGUAUUUUCCCUCAGCAUUCUUGACCCUUCCCGGCAACAGAUUGCCUCCCAGGUGCAGGGAUUAAUUUUUGAGAUGCUUCAUAAACGCGAUGAAGUAAUAGCCUGCAGAAGUAUGCCAUAUCCUGGUUUUUGCUUUGAAGCUCCCUAUGUGUGCCCAUCGGUGACGGAUGAGUUCCCCAACUAUAACACAUCACAAUGCACUGGAUCAUCUUCUACUCCAAACAUGCAGAUGUCUCAGAACAUUUCUACUGCUACGGGAAGAAAUGAUCCUGUUUUCAAUGGACAAAACAGUUCCUUACAAAUUGCUGGUUCUUUAUGGGUACCCUUGGUGAGUGGUCCGAUAAUGUCCAUUAUGGAUGUAGCUCCACUUAAUUUUGUUGGAAGAUAUAUGGAAGAUGUUUUCAAUGCUGUUCAGGAGUAUCGGCAGCGUCAUUUGGAUUCUAGUUGUGAUACUUGGAAUGAGAGGGAACCGCUCUUUCACCUUCCUCGUUUUUCAGCCUCAACUGAGGCAAAUGGCGAGGUUUCAAAAAGAAACAUGCCUACUGCUCUCAGUUCAGUGCCAUCUGCUCCUGCUCAACAACCGCCUAAGAAGACAUUGGCUGCUUCCAUUGUGGAAAAUGUCAAGAAGCAAUCAGUUGCUUUAGUCCCAAAAGAUAUUAGCAAGUUAGCACGGAGGUUUUUUCCUCUGUUCAAUCCAACACUAUUUCCUCAUAAGCCACCUCCUGCAGCUGUGGCAAAUAGAGUCCUUUUUACUGAUUCAGAAGAUGAAUUGUUGGCUUUGGGAAUGAUGGAAUAUAAUACAGAUUGGAAGGCAAUUCAGCAGCGCUUUCUUCCUUGCAAAUCUAAGCACCAGAUUUUUGUUAGGCAGAAAAAUCGCUGCUCAUCAAAAGCACCGGAAAAUCCCAUAAAGGCAGUUAGGAGAAUGAAAACCUCUCCAUUGACUUCUGAGGAGAUAGAAUGCAUACAAGAGGGACUCAGGGUUUUCAAACAUGAUUGGAUGUCAGUAUGGAGAUUUAUUGUCCCACAUAGGGAUCCAUCCUUACUACCCCGACAGUGGCGGAUUUCCCUUGGAACUCAGAGGUCUUAUAAAUUAGAUGCUGCUAAAAAAGAAAAACGACGGAUAUAUGAAUCAAAUAGAAGAAGGUGUAAAACUGCAGAUUUGGCUAACUGGCAAGUGAUAUCUGACAAAGAGGACAAUCAUGUUGACAGUACUGGCAGGCAAAAUAAUAGUGGAGAUGAUUAUGCAGAUAAUGCAAGUGAAGCUUACGUUCAUCAGGCAUUUUUAGCAGAUUGGAGACCAGAUGCCUCAUGUCUUAUUCCAUCUGAGCAUCCCUGCUUAAAUGUUAACGGAAAAGAUCUUCCUAGUGGCGCAUUGCUAAGAGAGGGUACUCAAAUAAGGGAGCAAUCCAAGAUUGAUAAUAUGCACGGGUUUCCAUAUGCCCACUAUUACCAAUAUUCUCAUAAUAUGUCUCACUUUUCUCAUGUUAGACAUUGCCCUCCUAACUCUGUGCAACUGAAUCAUCAAGUUUCUGAUACAGCGCAGAAUGCUGCCAAGUCUCCUAUUUAUUUGCGACCGUACCGGACUCGUAGAACUGAUGGUGCAUACUUAGUGAAAUUGGCUCCAGACUUGCCCCCUGUAAAUCUUCCACCAACUGUACGUGUAAUUUCCCAGGCAGCUUUCAAAAGCAACCAAUGCAGAGUGCCUAUCAAGGUAUCUGCCUCAGGAGGUAGUACUGGUGAUGCUAGAAAAGUAAAUACAGUUCAUCAGCUUCCUCAAGUUGCAAACUUGAGAACCACUAGUUCAGCAAAAGCUGCAAGGGAUAAAAGCAAUCAAGUGACAGAUAAUGUCACAAAUUCAUGUCCAGAAGGGCUUACAAGUUCACGAGCCGAAGAAUCUGCCAUUGUCCAUGAUAGAUGUAGUGCUGAAUCAGAUCUUCAAAUGCAUCCGUUACUGUUCCAGGCCCCUGAAGAUGGGCGUGUAUCAUAUUUUUCGUCAAACUGCACUGCUGGUACUUCUAGUUCUUUUACAUUCACUUCAGCAAACCAGCCUCAAUUGAAUCUGAGUCUGUUUCAAAGUCCAAAUCAAGCAAGUCAUUUUGCUGAUUACUUUAAUAAAUCUUCAAAGACAAAGGAAUCCUCUUCAGCAUCAUGUGGGAUUGACUUCCAUCCUCUUUUGCAAAGAACUGAUGAAGAAAAUAGUGACCUUGCCACAGCAUGCUCCAAUACACAUGGAUUUGUUUGUUUGGGAGGCAAAUCUGCUCAAUUACAAAAUCCUUUAAAUGCUGCUCAGAUUACAUCAUUGGUCAAUAGUGGCCCAUCUGCUACUGGCUCAAAACCCUCUAUUCCUAAUGAGAAAGCUAAUGAGCUGGACUUGGAAAUUCAUCUGAGUUCUACAUGUACAAAAGAGAAAGCUAAGGGAAAUGGAGUUGGUGGGGCAAAUAAUCAACCUAAGUCAACAUUAAGUGCAUCAAAUGCGGGAAAUACAAUUGAAAAACACAAAACUAACUGUUCAUGCCACCACCAGAGUUCAAAUUGUCCCCUUCAGAACAACCUUGUUUCCAGUGCUGAUGCAUCAGCUGUCCCAAUCAACAAUGACAGCAGUUGCAACAUGGAUGAUCUAGGAGACCAGUCUCACCCAGAGAUUGUGAUGGAACAGGAAGAGUUGAGUGACUCUGAUGAAGAAACUGAAGAACAUGUAGAGUUCGAGCGCGAGGAGAUGACUGAUUCUGAUGGGGAGGAGGGUUUGGGCUGUGAACCAAUUGCAGAAGUGCAUGAUAAGGACUUUCCUAGUUUGGCAGCAGAAGAAGUUACAGCUGAUGCAGAUUGUGGUGAUGAGCAAUGUGAGUGGAGGAGUCAUGUUCAUCCUCAGGCCAAUACUUCUAUCCCUGGGGAAAGCAGUCCUUUCUUAAAGUUGGGUCUUACAAGCCUGGAGAAAGACGCUACUAGUAACUCUUGGUUAACUUUAGAUUCACGCCCACCUGUUGAUCUUCCGAGCACUAAGGCUAGGUAUGAAGAGUGUACAAUCAGCGUUUGUCCUAUUUCCAAAAACUUGGCUUCAUGUCGUCCCAGUAGAUCCUGCAAGAAGACUGCACCAAGCGUGAAAACAAUUGCAACAGAGGGUAAUGUUAUAGACAUGGCACAACAACUCAGCCUUGGUCCUCUUGCUGUUUCCUCAUUGAAGAAACCCAGGAAGCGAUCUUGUCGAACAAAUACGGGUUCAAGCACGGGAAUGAAAACUGAAAAUCCCAGCUAUGACCAAGAGAAGUUUGAUUGAUUGUAGCUUGACUAGCUUCUUUGAUAAUCAGCUGUCAGAAUUUCCCACAAGAAAAAGGCAGAUUUAGUUGAUAGUCUGAAUUGGUUAUCGUUUCUUGGAUUUCAACAGCCCAAUUAACAAUUGAGCUUGUGGAGUCAGGUCUCAAGUAUCAAAGCAGCAGAGAAAUGGACUGUGUGGACUCUGGAGGCAGCUUCACAUUCUCGCUAACUCAUUUUUCGUGGUGCUCUUGUGAUUUAUAUGCCCACUCCACUGGAGGUACCAGGUCCAGGGAGGGGUUUUGUUUCUGCGGGUUCACUGUGUUAAUUUUAUUGUGAAUAUGUUUUAGUUCAUUAAAAUUAGUAAAUGUGUCGUUUCUUCAAGGGUUAUGUUAGUGUACAUGUUUUUUUGCUUGUAGAUUCAUUCUAUUGGCACUCCCAAAUUGGGCGGAAUGGGCUAUUGUGAAUAUUUUUUUCUUUCAAGAGAACAUAAUGUAGUUUAAAGAGAUCAAUGAAAAAUGAACAUAAUUAUUCGUGCGCCA